UUAGAACAUAAAGUCACUAUGUCAGAGUCAACCGAUCCCCACUGCGCCACCUCCAAGUCCAACCUGAUCAAGGUGAACCACGUGGGGGUGACGGCCAAGCUGCAGUCUCCCCUGAAGAGGAUCUUCCCACGGCUGAACUCCUCCACCGAUUCCGACUCAUAUCAGCACAGUCAGGCCCAGUACAACAUGUUCAAGGAUGUGGCGCAAGGGGAGAUGACCGCGUCCACGGAUGUGGAGAGCUCACCACACACUCUGUACGAGAUGCACGCCGAGCCGGAGAAGAGUCUGCUUAGCCUGAGCAAGAACAAGCCACAAAGGAUCGAGUUCCAGCGUUACUCCAAGCGGCGUCCCCGAGUGCGCGUCCCAACGAGAACUGCGCCCAAGGUGAAGGGUCGUGCCACAAAGUCCCACAAAUCAUCGCAGGCGCCGAAGCAGAACGGUGGCUUUCUGACCCGUUUGGUGGAGUCGCUGGACAAGAUGUGCAAGUGCCAGCCGCAGAGCCAGAACUCCAUCAUCGACGAUCUGCCGGAGCCGCAGUGGAAUCGCAAGGAGGCCAACCGGCACACCUGCAUCGGCAUCUAUCCCUUCGAGCACGGCUGCGCCGACUAUCUGAGCACGACGGACUCGCAUCCGAAGAUCAAUGCGAUUGUCCUGGCCGACCGCGCCACUACCUAUGCCACCCACUUCUGGGCGGAGCUCUUCGGACUGCUGCACAUCGCCGUGGCCUUCGUGGUGGCCUUCAUCCUGCAGAGCUACCGAUUUGUCCUCUACUCCCUGGUGAACACCCUCAUCGUUGGACUGCUCCACAUGACCUCCGACUACUUGGUCAAGCCCCUCCUGACCAUGCUCUUCAACGGCUACCUGCAGCCGCCGCUGAUUUUCCUAUACAAUGUACUGUGCUCCGCCAGGGACAUCCUCGAUCCGGUGGCCACCACCCUGAACAACUUGAUGAAGCCGCUGGCCACGGUGGGCGGCAGUAUCCGAUUGGUGGACGUCAACUAUCGCCAGGUCCAUAAGCUGGCCAAGGAGGUUUGAGUUUCGUUUCGUUUUCGCUGUUAAAUUGUUAUUGUUCGUUUUCGAAGUGUUUUUCUUGUUAUAUUAAAA